AUGGCGCUUCCGGAGCUGCUGGCGCGGCAGGCGUCCAUCCAUCCGCUCACGCUCGACGAAUUCCAGGCGACGUUCCCGUCGCACGCCGUCGCACCCAUGCCCAUGGACGACAUCCUGCGAUCCGUCUGGCUCGCCGAGGAGUCGCACAUGCUCGCCGCCGCGCACGCCGCCGGGCGCGUGGAUCCGCGUGCGCGCGACAAGGCUGUGGGGCUGCUGCGCGCGCGCUCGCUGCGGCGGCAGAAGUCCAGUGCGGCGAUCACUCGGGUCGCUGCGAGCGCAGGGAGCGCAGGGAGCGCAGGGAGGGGGUCCACUGGGGUCGCUGGGAGGGCUGCGGGGAGCAAUGGGAGUGCGGGGAGCAAAGGGAGUGCGGGGAGCGAUGGGAGUGCGGGGAGCGAUGGGAGUGCGGGGAGCGAUGGGACCCGCCCCUGCAGUGGUGGGAUUGCCAUGGGGAUGGGCAUGUAUGGGCGCAGCCGACCUGCAUCACCUCCUAUUCUCUCCAUCGCCUCUCCCCCCCUUUCCUCCCUCUCCCCCUCCCCUCCCUCCGGUUCGCAGGAGCUGUCCUGGUGCUGCACUGUGCAGGGCCCUUCCAACCAGAACCGCACUGCACCGUUUUGGAAGCCGCCAUCCGCACCAAGCCCCCCUCUUCCCCCUUCCUGUGUCACAUGCCGUGCUCUCCUGUGUCACAUGCCGUGCUCUCCUGUGUCACAUGCCGUUCUCUCCUGUGUCACAUGCCGUUCUCUCCUGUGUCACAUGCCGUUCUCUCCUGUGUCACAUGCCGUUCUCUCCUGUAUCACAUGCCGUUCUCUCCUGUGUCACAUGCCGUUCUCUCCUGUGUCACAUGCCGUUCUCUCCUGUGUCAUGGAGGAGGGGCGGGGGCGCGCGUGGAGGAGGGGGCGGGGGGCGCGGGGCGCGCGUGGAGGAGGGGGCGGGGGGCGCGGGGCGCGCGUGGAGGAGGGGGCGGGGGGCGCGGGGCGCGCGUGGAGGAGGGGGCGGGGGGCGCGGGGCGCGCGUGGAGGAGGGGGCGGGGGGCGCGGGGCGCGCGUGGAGGAGGGGGCGGGGGGCGCGGGGCGCGCGUGGAGGAGGGGGCGGGGGGCGCGGGGCGCGCGUGGAGGAGGGGGCGGGGGGCGCGGGGCGCGCGUGGAGGAGGGGGCGGGGGGCGCGGGGCGCGCGUGGAGGAGGGGGCGGGGGGCGCGGGGCGCGCGUGGAGGAGGGGGCGGGGGGCGCGGGGCGCGCGUGGAGGAGGGGGCGGGGGGCGCGGGGCGCGCGUGGAGGAGGGGGCGGGGGGCGCGGGGCGCGCGUGGAGGAGGGGGCGGGGGGCGCGGGGCGCGCGUGGAGGAGGGGGCGGGGGGCGCGGGGCGCGCGUGGAGGAGGGGGCGGGGGGCGCGGGGCGCGCGUGGAGGAGGGGGCGGGGGGCGCGGGGCGCGCGUGGAGGAGGGGGCGGGGGGCGCGGGGCGCGCGUGGAGGAGGGGGCGGGGGGCGCGGGGCGCGCGUGGAGGAGGGGGCGGGGGGCGCGGGGCGCGCGUGGAGGAGGGGGCGGGGGCGCGCGUGGAGGAGGGGGCGGGGGCGCGCGUGGAGGAGGGGGCGGGGGCGCGCGUGGAGGAGGGGGCGGGGGCGCGCGUGGAGGAGGGGGCGGGGGCGCGCGUGGAGGAGGGGGCGCGGGCGCGCGUGGAGGAGGGGGCGCGGGCGCGCGUGGAGGAGGGGGCGGGGGCGCGCGUGGAGGAGGGGGCGGGGGCGCGCGUGGAGGAGGGGGCGCGGGCGCGCGUGGAGGAGGGGGCGGGGGCGCGCGUGGAGGAGGGGGCGCGGGCGCGCGUGGAGGAGGGGGCGGGGGCGCGCGUGGAGGAGGGGGCGGGGGCGCGCGUGGAGGAGGGGGCGGGGGCGCGCGUGGAGGAGGGGGCGCGGGCGCGCGUGGAGGAGGGGGCGGGGGCGCGCGUGGAGGAGGGGGCGGGGGCGCGCGUGGAGGAGGGGGCGCGGGCGCGCGAGGGGGCGCGGGCGCGCGUGGAGGAGGGGGCGGGGGCGCGCGUGGAGGAGGGGGCGGGGGCGCGCGUGGAGGAGGGGGCGCGGGCGCGCGUGGAGGAGGGGGCGCGGGCGCGCGUGGAGGAGGGGGCGGGGGGCGCGCGUGGAGGAGGGGGCGGGGGCGCGCGUGGAGGAGGGGGCGGGGGCGCGCGUGGAGGAGGGGGCGGGGGCGCGCGUGGAGGAGGGGGCGCGGGGCGCGCGUGGAGGAGGGGGCGCGGGCGCGCGUGGAGGAGGGGGCGCGGGCGCGCGUGGAGGAGGGGGCGCGGGCGCGCGUGGAGGAGGGGGCGCGGGCGCGCGUGGAGGAGGGGGGCGCGGGCGCGCGUGGAGGAGGGGGCGCGGGCGCGCGUGGAGGAGGGGGCGCGGGCGCGCGUGGAGGAGGGGGCGCGGGCGCGCGUGGAGGAGGGGGCGCGGGCGCGCGUGGAGGAGGGGGCGCGGGCGCGCGUGGAGGAGGGGGCGCGGGCGCGCGUGGAGGAGGGGGCGCGGGCGCGCGUGGAGGAGGGGGCGCGGGCGCGCGUGGAGGAGGGGGCGGGGGCGCGCGUGGAGGAGGGGGCGGGGGCGCGCGUGGAGGAGGGGGCGCGGGCGCGCGUGGAGGAGGGGGCGCGGGCGCGCGUGGAGGAGGGGGCGCGGGCGCGCGUGGAGGAGGGGGCGGGGGCGCGCGUGGAGGAGGGGGCGGGGGCGCGCGUGGAGGAGGGGGCGGGGGCGCGCGUGGAGGAGGGGGCGCGGGCGCGCGUGGAGGAGGGGGCGGGGGCGCGCGUGGAGGAGGGGGCGCGGGCGCGCGUGGAGGAGGGGGCGGGGGCGCGCGUGGAGGAGGGGGCGCGGGCGCGCGUGGAGGAGGGGGCGGGGGCGCGCGUGGAGGAGGGGGCGCGGGCGCCCGUGGAGGAGGGGGCGGGGGCGCCCGUGGAGGAGGGGGCGCGGGCGCCCGUGGAGGAGGGGGCGGGGGGGCGCGUGGGAGUGGGGGCGCGCGUGGAGGAGGGCGCGCGUGGGAGUGGGGGCGCGCGUGGAGGAGGGGGCGCGGGCGCGCGUGGAGGAGGGGGCGCGCGUGGAGGAGGGGGCGCGGGCGCGCGAGGAGGGGGCGCGGGCGCGCGUGGAGGAGAGGGCGCGGGCGUGCGUGGAGGAGGGACAGGCCGCUUUCAGCCUUCGGCCAAAGAGCAUGCGUGCGGUGGUGCCAGUGCGGUGGUGGUUUGUGUGGCCAUCACUGGCUCUGCUUUUUAA